CACCAUCUUUCGCUUCUUCACCUCCACUUGACCUCUUCCUCUCCGCUUCUUGGGCCUCUAGCCGCGAGCCUCUAGCCUCUCUUUUCCACUUUUCUCAACUACAACAUCCAGAGACAGAAUCACCAGAGGCAAAACAUGGAUGCAGCUGAUCCUGAUCCACUGCCCGGUACGAGCUGGCCGUCUGCACCGGUGUAUGAUUUCACCGUCGCGCGGCUUGUAACCUCAACUCAUGCCGGAUCAUCCUUUUUCCGCAGCGCGAGGUGGACAUCGGAUGGCACAGCGAUUCUGACGACUGCGGAGGAUCGCGCGUUGCGCGUGCAUGACCUAGCACACGAGGAAGAUGAUGUCACAUUGACAAACUCGCGCACCUUUCCUCAGCCCGACUCCGUCAAUGCGGCGCUGUGGUAUCCCUCCGCGUCGCGGCUCGCGCCAGAGACUUUCUGCUUUGUUGCGAGUGUGCGUGAUGCACCGGUUCGCCUGAUCGAUGGCACAGACGGGAGGUUACGUGCUUCCUAUCCAAUCGUGGAUCACCGGGAACGAUUCAUCGCGCCCCAUAGCUUCGCUUUCAACCCUUCUGCUGAUAAACUGUACUGCGGGUUCGAGAACGCGAUCGAGGUGUUCGAUGUCGCGUCGCCCGGAUAUGACAAUGGAGAGCGUCUGAAGCUCGGCUUGACGCGCAAGGAGAAGGGAGGACAGCGCGGCAUCAUCUCGGCGCUCGCAUUCAGCCCCCACCAACUAUCCACCUUUGCGGCAGGAUCCUUUGCUGGCUCCGUGGUCUUGUAUGACGAAGACACGGGGAGUCCGAGCAUGCCAGUGGAAGGUGUAGAAGGUGGUGGAGUGACGCAGAUCGCGUUCCACCCGCUCGAUUCCAACCUUUUCUUUGUGGCGUCUAGGCGUUCACAGGCGAUCCAGGUCUUCGACAUGCGCGACGUGUCCGCUCCUGUCGGCAGGUUGGAACGCAGCGCGUCUACAAAUCAGCGGAUUGCCUUUGACCUUGAUCCAUGGGGGAGGUGGUUGGCGGCUGGCGAUGAGCACGGGAUUGUGAGGGUAUGGGAUGUUGCGUCCUCGUCGUACGACAUGCUCUUUGAGCGAGAACUUCAUGCAGACGCCGCCAAUAGCGUCCAGUUCCACGCUUAUCGGCCUCUCUUCCUCACGUGUGCUGGCUCACGAGCGCACCUACAGACGCCAGCUGAGCCAAGCGAGGAUAUGGCAGCCGACCCAAUGAGCAACGAGAGCAACGAGAGCGACGUCAGCGAUGAUGAUGGUGAGGAGGAGGGGGACAGCUUCGUUCACGAACGUGGCGCAAAGGACGCGCGCCUGGCUGUUUGGGAGUUUGGAAAACUCUAGAUGUACUACUACUGCAGCAUUUACUGUAUCGAUAUAUCUAAGAAUCUAUUGCCCUAUCCAAAGGGUCAUUACGAG